CAGACGAGUGGAACAGUGGACAGUGCAAGUGCAAGAGCAGACGACGCGAGUGCAACAGUGGACAGUGCAAGUACAAGAGCAGACGACGCGAGUGCAACAGUGAACAGUGCAAGAGCAGACGACGCGAGUGGAACAGCAGACGACGCGAGUGCCACAGCAGGCAACACGCGUGCAACAGUGGAAGGCGCGAGCGCAGCCACGGCGGGGGACACGGUAGCAGACGACGCGAGUGGUCCAGCAGACGGCGCCGUGGCGGCGAGCGUGGCGUCGUCCUGGGAUGCCAGAGCCUCGGUGCUGACGGGCGGACCGGUGGACUUCCGGGACUUCCGGGCGCACUCCACCGGCCUCAGACUGGAUUGGAGCGUGAUGGAGCAGGGCGUGCAGGGCACGGCCCUCAACCUGGGCAAGCCGUCGUCGUCGUCCUCCAGCCUGGACAUGGGGCCCGCGACGCCGCAGGCGGCCCGCGAGCGGGAGUCGGCGCCCAGCAGCUCGGGGAACGCGCGCACGCCGCCGAACUGCGCGCUCUGCCGCAACCACCGGCUAAAGAUCGGCCUCAAGGGGCACAAGCGCUACUGCAAGUACCGGUACUGCGACUGCGACAAGUGCCGCCUGACGGCGGAGCGUCGCCGCGUCAUGGCGUUGCAGACGGCGCUGCGCCGCGCCCAGGCCCAGGACGAGGCGCGGCACCCCGUGCCCCUCGCCGGUAACGCCACCGCGUUGCCGCCCAUGUCGCCGUCCUCGGUGGACGCGGGCAGGGGCACGCCCGCCGCGCAGGACUCCAUGGCGCUGUCCUGCGAGUCCGCCUCCGCGUCGCCCAGCUCCAUCAACGGCACGGGGCCCGGCAGCAGCAGCGGCGGCGGCGGCGGCGGCGCCGGCUCCGACCGCGACGUGGGCCUCGACGCCGUCAGCGUCUCCGUGCCCAGGAAGCUGCACCGCCCCCACACCCCCAGCAGCGCCCCAGACUGCCGCGCCGUGGUGAUUCGAAGGCCACAGUGGUCGCCCGAGUCGCUGGGCAGCGCUAGAACGCCAGGAGAAUACUGCGACUCGGACGUUCGGAGCGUGGACCAAGGCCGAGAAGAACCCCCUUCCCCUAGACCUAGUAGAAAUGGACGAGAGAACGGGCGAGUCCACAGAGAGUCAAUACAGAGGCUUGUGGAAAAAUUUAACUUUCCCCCCGUCGCGCUGCCUCUAAUCUACGUCGUCCUCAAAGACCACGGCUCGGAUUACGAAGAAGUGAAAAAUCUGCUUUUAGAGGCCCAGGAGGAGAUCCUGACGAUGUCGGUGAGCCAGGGCAGCGAGAUGCCGUGGCUGCUGCCGCCGGCGCACCUGUACUCCGCGUCGGCGCUGUGCACGCCCAUCGGGUCGCUGGGCUCCAUCGCGCCCAUCACGCCGCUGCAGUACCAGCUGGGCCUGACGUACCACUCCGGGGCCGCGGCGCCGCACCACCACCACCACCACCACCCCGCGUCCAGCGCCAUGGCGGGCCUGUUCCCCCACCACCUGCACCACCUGCAGGGCAUGCCGUAC